CAGCAUUAAGGCGACAUGUCUGGAAAUUAUAAUAGAUGGUUUCGAAACAACAGCGACCAUGUUGACUUGGGCAUAGCAUGCCUCAUGAACCAUCCUGAAGCCCUCAAGAAGGGUUGGGAAGAGCUGGACACGGUCGUGGGUCGUGACCGUUUGGUUGAUGAUUCUGAUAUCCCUAAGCUUCCAUAUCUACAGGCAGUAGUGAAAGAAACGGCCCGCCGGUACCCGUCUGGUCCACUCUUGAGCCCACGGGAGGCCACUGAGGAUUGCACCGUGGCUGGAUACUACAUCUCGAAAGGCACUCAAAUUAUGGUGAAUUCAUGGAAGGUUCAACACGACCCGUGGGUCUAAGAGAUUCCUCACCGAC